GAUAACUCUCAAUUACCUUUGUCGAGCCCAAAGUCGGAAAAAUCCACACACACUUUGCUGAUAAAAUCGGGCCGAAUAAAAUCAAUCUAAAGUUUUAUUUACAACAUUUCUAAUUGUAACAGAACCUGAAAAUGGAGGACGAAAAAGGUUAUCGGUGGGAAACAGAAUAUGAGAAAACAUGGGAAGCCAUACACGAAGAUGAGUCCGGAUCUCUUCAAGCCAGUAUUGAUGACAUCAUACAGAAAGCCAAGCGUAGGAAAAUGCUGGAGAAGAUUGGGAACAUUAGACUUGGGAUGAUGCGACAUUUGUAUCUGAUAGUUGAUAUGUCCGACGUAAUGAACGACCAGGAUUUAAAACCAACUCGACUUUAUUCAACUGUAAAGUUACUGGAACAUUUUAUAGAGGAAUAUUUUGACCAGAAUCCAAUCAGUCAGCUGGGUAUAUUAAUUACUAGAAAUAAGAGAGCUGAAAAAAUCACAGAACUUGGAGGUAACCCUCGUCGCCAUAUUAACGCAUUACAAAGUUUAAAGGACAGAAAAUGUCAAGGUGAACCAUCACUACAGAAUUCACUCGACUUGGCCCUUCAAACACUCAAACAUAUGCCGAGUCAUGCUAGUAGAGAAGUAUUGAUCAUAUUCGGUAGUUUAACAACAUGUGAUCCAGGUGAUAUAGAUACUACUAUACAGACAAUGAAUGAGAAUAAUAUAAGAUGUUCUAUAAUUGGUCUAGCAGCUGAAGUUUGUGUUUGUAAGAAAAUAUGUAAACAGACCCAGGGUAAAUAUAAUGUUAUAUUAGAUGAAAGUCAUUAUAAAGAUUUACUCUACCAACAUCUUUCACCUCCUCCAGCUACAGCAAACACAUCUUCAUCUCUUAUACGAAUGGGUUUUCCUCAUCAUACAUUAAAUCUUGUUAAUAAAGAAGAAAGACCAUCAAUGUGUAUGUGCCAUCUAGACAGUAAGAAUUGUGAAGGUUUUAAUACAACAGGAUAUUUCUGUCCUCAGUGUAAAAGUAAAUACUGUGAAUUACCGGUAGAAUGUAAGGCCUGUGGUUUAACGUUAGUAUCAGCCCCUCAUCUAGCUCGUUCAUAUCAUCAUCUUUUUCCUCUUGAUAAUUUUAUUGAGACAACUCUAGCCACUUUACACGAUUCAGAUAACUUACAUUGUUUUUCUUGUUUACUUCACUUAAAGGACAUUAAUGUUUAUAAAUGUCCCGUUUGUUUAAAGAUAUUUUGUUUGGACUGUGAUUUAUUUAUACAUGAAACUCUACAUUCAUGUCCUGGAUGUUCUAGUAACCGUGGUAACCAACAUGAGAAAAUGGACGUUACCUAACAUAAAACAUCGGUUAAUACCUCAAAACUAAUAUUUCAGUAAUAAAUAAUAAUUAUACCGGUA